UCGGGUGUCUGAGUGGCCGUCGGUGUGAAUGACGUCACAGUAAACAAGAGUACAGUUUUCGUGGAUUUUUUGUAGACGUUUUGUUUGUUGAAAAAGUGAUUAUUCGUCACAAAACAUGUGACACGUAAUCAAAACAAAUGGAUUUACGCCUAAUCUUCGCUUCUCUGGCCGUCGUCUAUCUGUUGGUCGUUUGCGUCGUAUUUUCGGCUCCGGUCGACCCGAAAGCGGACGUUUUGCCGACAAAAGAGACGGAAGACAAAGUGAACAAAGAAAUCGAUGAUUUGGGCUUAGAAUACGGAAGAUAUUUACAACAAGUGGUCGAAGCUCUGGAACAGGACAAGACUUUUGCCGCAAAACUAGAAAAUGUUUCUCAAGAAGAGAUCAAAUCGGGAGCCGUUGCGCGAGAACUCGAUUUCGUGGCGCAUCACGUGCGCAAUCGACUCGACGAACUGAAACGCGUCGAAAUGGACAGAUUGCGGGCUCUGACCAAGAAGGAGGCGCAGGCGGGUGAGGACGAGUCGGGCAGACGGUGGCGGACGCUGGGCGCGGACUCAGCGGCGAUUGGUAAGCGAAAAACGGAGAUUUGGACUAAAACCCAGUUUUCCUAUGAAGCGGAUCACGUGGACGGAGGAAAUCCUCAUUCAUUCGAAGCCGAAGAUCUGCAGAAACUGAUCCGCGCGGCGACAAAGGAUCUGGAGGAAUUGGACGCAAAAAGAAGAAACGAUUUCAAGGAAUACGAAAUGGAAAAGCAAUUGAUUUACGAAGAAAACCUGAAGAAUAUGACGUCAGAAGAGCGGAAAGAAACCGAAAAAAAACACGAAGAAAUGGAAAAACGACACAAAGAACACCCGAAAGUCCAUCAUCCCGGCUCUAAGCAGCAGUUGGAACAGGUCUGGGAGGAAAAGGACGGAAUGCCGAAACAGGAGUUCAAUCCGAAAGUCUUCUUCCAAAUGCAUGACAUAAAUAGCGACGGAUUUCUUGAUCCGCAAGAAAUCGAGGCGAUUUUGACUCUUGAAGUGAGAAAACUGUAUUCCGAACGCAAUUCAGACGACGAUCCGAACGAAAUGCAAGAGGAGUUCCACCGAAUGCGGGAACACAUCUACAAAGAGGCAGAUGUCAACAGAGACGGUCUCAUCUCGAAGAAGGAAUUCUUGGAAUUCACACGAAGAAUGGAAUUCGAAAGAGACGACGGAUGGAAGGGUUUGGACGAAACAAAGGUCUAUUCGGACGAAGAAUUGGCGAAUUAUAGACAACACAGACGUCCUCACGAGCAGAUGGACGCUUACGGCGCGUAUCAGCAGUUUGUUCCGCAGUAUUUGCCGCCAGAAUAUCAACACCAAAUGCAACAACAGUUCGGACAUCAAAACGGACAACAGUUUGGUCAACAGUUCGGACAAAAUGGUCAACAGUUCGGACAAAAUGGUCAACAGUUCGGACAAAACGGACAUCAAUUCGGACAAAAAUUCGGACAACAAUUCGGACAACCGAACGCCCAAUUGCAUCAAAACGGACAGUUUGACCAUCAAAUGCAGCAACAGUUCCAACAACAACAACAACAUCAUCAACAACAAUAUCCUCAACCGAUGCAUCAAAUGGCGCCUUCCGGUCACGUGCCACAGAUUCCUCCGCAACAACACUUCCAAGCCGUCGGUCAACACCCGCCAGGACUUCCUCAACAGCCGGUGAUUGGCCAACAACAACAACCAGCCGUCGGUCAACAGCCGUCGGGUCAGCAAUCUCAAGGUCAAGUUCAAGGUCAACAUCCACUUCAAGGACAAAAUCAUUAA